GCGGGGUGUUACCUGGGUAUACGUCAUCAGAUUAUGCUGUCCCCGGCCAUCAUGUCGUCUGGUUUCUGCGCAGUGUCUCAUGGCUUAUCCUUUUGACAGGCGCACACCUGUGUCAUGGCUUAGCUUCUCUCGCUUUUCGUGUCAGCGGGCUGUCGCAGUGGACACAAGGAAAGAUCAAUUUGUAAAUGAAAUGCCUUGAGGGAAUGGUAUUUGAACAAAUGCAAUGAACAUGGCAAGCUAUAAGAAUGGAAUGAACAAGCUUAUCUUGUGCCUCAUAACAGUGGUUUUGUGCAUUGAUGGACAGCCAGACUAUCAGAGGGCAGAGAUAGACCUUUGUGAAAAAGUACCAGGCUUUGAACCCAAUGGAGCACAUCUGUCUUCUGCUGGUGACAAAAUUAUGGCCUAUGUCAAUUGGACAGGGCCAAGCAAACCACCGAUGUGUCUUAUGAGGUUUUCAACAUGUGAAUCCUGUCGACUGCGUGUAACACCUUUGUCAACAUUUCAGUUCUAUCAGUGUGCCCCCUCAGAAAAUUAUCUACGCUUUGAUGGAUGGUGUGCUCCAGGAUGCACCUACCUACACUUAUAUGACCGAGACUACAGCAAUCAAACUGCGAGGUCUUACAGCAAUGAAACCAUUUUUGAAGACUAUGUGACCCAGUCACGAUUCCUCUAUGUCAUUGCCUGUGCCAACAAGAGUGUCGAAAACAGAAUAUUCAUGAAGAUUAACAUUUCCUCAGAAGUGAAAUCUUCUUUCUUUCAAGCCACUUCAACUGAUGUGGGGAAAAAAUAUAUAUUUACAUCUCCAUUUUUCCCAAACGAAUAUGCUCUUAAUUCAGAAGUAUACAAAUACAUAUUUCUUUGUGCCUCCCAAGAUGAGUUCAUUACUAUUUCGUUUGAUGACUGGCAGUUGGCAGAUACCUCUUCUCUAGCUUUUGAUAGUGCCAAUAUUGUUGGCCCAGUUAAAGGAUCAAGUAGUCGACCCUGGAUCAUCUCCAAUAGCUUUCAGCUGGUGAUGACGUUUAACACUGGAUCAUACUCUUUUGGAGACCACAUUGGCUUUAAGGCCACAUACUCAUUUUUCAAAGAAAAAGAUCGUUAUGACAUGCCAGCUGUUGUUACAAAUUGUGGUGACUGGAUAACUGACAGGGAAAGUGGAAUCAUUUCCUUCAAUCCCACAUUCAAUGGACGUGACUACUAUGACUGUCUCUGGGUUAUUGAAAAACACAAGAGUUAUGAUGGAGUCGUGGUGAAAGUUAUCAACUACAGCAUAUCAGGAACAGGUAUGUAUAACAGUCCCUAUCAAAUCAAUCAGCUGGAGAUCCGAAGUGGUCUUACUUCAGUAGGUCAUAUUGAGGAAACAGCUAAUCCAAGCACAAACCCUCGAGACACACCAGGGUUCAAUACUUUAAUUUCAAGAGAAGGAUUUUAUGUGCGCCUCAAGGGACACUACAGUGGCUCGAGAGAUUUUGUACUCGCCUUUGCAUCAUUCAAGACAGACAACUGCAAAAACUUGUUUCUUUGCGACAAUGGAAUGUGUAUUCCUUCGUAUCUCAGAUGUGAUGGUAUUGAUCACUGUGGGGACUAUUCUGAUGAAUCAUACCUGUUGUGUGGGCCAACUACUUCCAAUGGUGGAUCAGGAAUCCAGUAUGGUAGCACCCUAAGUGUGGGCAUCAUUAUACCGAUUGUGGUGUCUGUCUUUCUUUUGGUUGUCAUCUGCCUUCUGGUCAUCUUCAUUCGGCGCUGUCGUAAGCUGUCCAUCGAAGCUCACCGAUCUCGCCGGUUCGGUCAGCAUGUCAGCACCAUCAGUGGUACAGUCAGCAGCCGCCAGCGUCAUAAUAGGAGAAGAGGUCAGGGACCUGGAGCAACAUUCGAACCUCCACCUGCUUAUGAUGAUGUUCUCCAUUCCACACCUAUUGGCUAUCUGAAUAUGGCCUUUUCGGAUCGACAGUCAAAUCCUCUGACUGGAUUGCUGGAGCCACCCAGCUACGAGGAAACCAUGACCCCAACAGAGUCAUGUCCCCCAAGCAGUUCACAUGACCUGUCCUCAGACUCCAGUUCUCCAGAGACUGUUGCCCACUCUCACUUCUCCUCUUCUUACUCCAGUGACGACACACAUCCUGGUGAUGAUCAUCAUCACGAGUAUCAGGAUCAGUUGCACAGCAUUAACUCUGUGUCAUCAUCAGACGCUUCCAGUGAAGACAUGGACCAUGCUAAUGCAUGGCACAAUGCGAGGCUUAGUCCUGGGAAUGUAGCAUUGACGCCUAAAGGGACUGUUGAGCAGCCCAAUUCCCGUCGAAGCAUUGCAAAACCGGUGGAUGAGAACGUUUGCAGUGUUGAAGUGCCACUGAGUGAGUGCCCAAGCAACAAACAACUUAACCACAAGCAUAAUAAGAAAGGCAGUCAACAAGCAAAUGAGGAAGACUUAAACCAGAUUACGCCAUCCAUAAUGAGCUCUGCGAGAGAUUUGGAAAAUACAAGGAGAUUCUCACAGGCAGCUAUAACAGAGGACCCUUCAUUGGGCACAUUUUGUCAUGUUGAAAACUCUCCUGUAAUUUGUGUUCCCCCAGUUGUACCUAGUGACACACCCAGACUUCCUCAAACUGUGGAUAGUAGCUGCCGAGGAGAUAGAGAUGUUCCUAAAAUGGGAAUUUUGUCUGCUCAGUGUGGCACAGAUGCAGACAUGCUGCCCUCAAGGCAACGAGACCCGACACCUCAGAAAAGAUACACUCGUAACCCCAAUGCUUCUGAGUCAAAGCAGCCAAGACUAGAUGCAGAAGGCAGAAAGGUCCAUGAUGGAGGAAAAAGGAGGAAUCUUGGCAAGAAUGGUCACACACCCUACAGCCUGUUAAGUCGUUCCAUGGUAGACAUCAGCAGACAGGAAGAAGAAGUUAGUGUGAAGCCACUUCAAACCACUAAAAUGCUGAGUAAAUCAGUUGAUAACAUACAACACGCAUUACCAGAUGGGCAGUCUGUGCACAAAAGAAACAGACUAGAUUAUGGUGGCGUGGCAGAUGAUUCUGCUUUGUCCCCAGGCCACUGGAAUGAAGCAGCAGCUUUGCCUGAGCGUUGUGUACCUUUUGAGAGAGAUGCCGGCAGGGAUCAUGCCCUGGAUGGGAAAGAUGGGGCAAAACCAAUACCUCGUCCCAGAAAAUCUUUAUUACGCAAAAAUAAGUCAGGGUCAGACGUCGGAUCCUCAUGAGAGGUCAAAGAUAGAUAACUCUCAGCAGCAGCAAAGAAAGGAAAUGCACAAAGACCAGACAACUCUACAAAAGAUGAGCAAAUCCAGAAGUCAAGGUCAAGCAUGUCUAGUGAAGGAAGAAAUAUUCCACACCCUAUGAAUCACAGGCACAUGCAUGAUGUAGCCAAAGAUGGACAAAACAAUUCUCGAUCUGAAAGGUCUUCUCCAGGAUAUGAAGGUGCCUUACCGUCUGGUAUGAGAGAGAGGCAAGAUGGAUCUCAGCCCAGAUUCAGUCCUCCUGUGAAUUCUUUCAAUCAUGGCAGACAGGAGACCGGGAGGAGUGGCAUCGACAAGUGGCCAGAAUUGACACAGUCAACUGGAAAUGCUUCAGACCAAAACUCAAAGAAACUGCCAGGUCAAAUGAACAAUCAUAGUCAUGAUAUGCUGCCAAGAAAUAUGCAGCCUAAUUCAUAUCAGUAUGAAAGGGAGCAUUCUGGUCAACCACCCAGAGAUGCAGAACCUCGUAGUGAGAGCUCAGGAGGAAGGUUGAAAAGCUCAAGGAACCCUGCAGGUCAGAACAGUGGUCCUGCCCUUGACAGACCACCUCAACAAGGUGAUAAUAGAAAUCCAUGGCCUGAUUUGCCACAGCAUGCAAGAUUGCCUUCUGGACAGAAUAGGCCUCAAAAGCCUAGAGAUUCAUCUGGCGAAUUCAGUCAUCGUCGUGACAGGCCACCUCAACAAGAUGGAAGAAGUACUUGGUCUGAUGCAUCACAGCAGCACAGAAUGCAGCCUCAUGAUGGGCGAUCACGUCCACACAGAGAAGUAGCAGCUGAAGACCAGUUUGGUAACAACAGUAGCAGACCAUCUAGACAAGGUGGUGAAGGCCCUCCACAAUCAGAAGGAUUUCACUAUCCGAGGGGCCAGUUGCACGAGAAAGCACCUCAUUCGUCCAGAAACACAGCAGCUGUCAAUGAGAACAGUACGCACAGAAUGGGGCCUGCAGCGCCAUCUGCAUGGGGACAACCUGACAGCAGAAGCGCAGCUAGAGGAUUACAACAGGCAGCGGGUGGAAUAAGCCAAGGCAACCACUUUUCUGGGCAUAAUAGACCCAUGGACUCUCGUUUGGUGCAGCCAAAUUCAAGCAGAGAUGGGCAUGUAAGUUCCACAGCAAAGGCCAGAUAUAGCAAACCUGGCAUUGUGCAUGAUACUUCCACAGGUUCGCCAAAGGACUAUGCAAAUGGUGAGUCAAGGAAAGGUGCUGUAUCAAAUAGAGAAGGACAGGCAGAACCAUUUCAUCCAGAUAAUGCAUCUGUUUGUUUGCAGCUGGAAGAUAGCAAACCAGGAGACAUGUUUGUUUGACAAUGAAUGUACUAUUUCUAUGGCACAAGGCCACUGUAAAUACACCUGCAUAAAGUAGAUGCCACACUAUGUAAAUGUCACUCUAAAAUGUUUGCAGCUUAGUGCUUCAAAGUAAACAACACAGAAUGUAGACAUGUAGAGGGUAUGGGUUAAAUGUAGCUUCGAUCCUAAAUCCUUGUACUUGUGUGUGAAUGCAUGUGUAAAUAUUGUAAUGCAUGUUUCAUUAACGAGGCUAAUUAAAAAAAAAAAACAAACAUAUUGUUUAUAGGAAGCUCACACAUUCAUAUGCAAGUACAUUUGGAAUAAGGUCUAAAUGAAGUUAUAUAUGUACAAAUGGAAAGAUGUCUCUUUUUCCUGUGAAGGUGCCUUUAUUUGAAAAAAAAUUUUGUUUUUAUAUAUAUAUAGUUAUGGCAUUUGGUGGUGCAAGAGAGGCACAAGAAUGGACAAAUCUGGGCAUCCAUUGUCCAUUCACUUUGCAAGAUCAUCACAUAAUAAUUCUACCCCUUUUAUUGUUUUGGGCUGUGAGGCACAUCGAGAUUGUGCUGUAUAAGGGCUCUUUAAUAAUAAUAAGGCAAUUUUAUAGUAAGAUUGUAUUUAGCAGACAAAGGGAAUCUCCACUUCUCUCAAAUAAAAAUAUAAACAAAAUCACUUUUGUUUGGUACAGAUUGUUAAUAAUGUAACAUGCUAAUAAGGAAUGUAUUAAAUUUACAGUAUUAUAAUUUUAUGAUUCAUCAUGGUCUUUAGUCGUUUAAAAGUAACAUUUUAGCCAGUGGCAGGCAUGUUUUAUGUGGAUAAUAAAUAGCAGAUCAUCUUGAUGAUGCAAUAACCCUAGAUAACAUCUCCUUCAUGCAUGCCAGUAGUGAAUCAUCUCUGUUCAGAUUUUAUUUUUGGCAAUCUAGUUUUUUUGGUAGUCCAGUAAUGCAUUCCAUAAUUAUUUGUUAUAGUCAAGAAAUGUGUCAAAAUUUAACUGGAAUUUUCUUGAUUGUUUUUUAACUUUCAUAUUGUGUUUGUACUCCAAUUUCAAAUAAUAUAUAUAUUUAUACAUUUUUCUAACAUAUAUAAAAGAUGGUAAAGUAUUGCCAUUUCUUGCUUGCUGAAGAUGGACUAAGAGAUGGACUCUCAUGUCUUGAAGCAAAGAAGCCCGUAUUAUUCCAAAUGUAUUAGAAAAACCUCUUUAACACCUUCCUGAUCAUGACCCCCUCAAGACCUAACUUUUUUUUACAGACAUAUUUUGUUGCCUCCCCAACCCAGCUUAUGACUGACACUUUGUGCUUUACUACUAUGCUGUUUUUUUUUUUUUUUGAAGUUGCCUGUUGAAAAAAAAUUAAGUAUAUUUUAAAAUAAGCUGCUUCUGGCUGCUUGCCUUAUUUUACAAUUUACUAGAGAAAUGAAUGUAAAAUAAGUACAUUUUGAAAGAGACUGCUUGUUCUAUGGGUCACCUGUCAUUUUGACCCGAACUGUGUUGCUCCAGUUAUAGCUACUCUAUUGUUGUAAUGCUGAAAGUCAAAUCCAUCUAGACCUGAAAGAUGGUAGGGUUAUGUAUCAAUGUAAAAUAUUAUCAACAGAGCCAUGCGUUAUUUGAAAAAGUUCAGCUACCAUCUCACUAAGCAAAAACACAUUCAGAGAACAAAUUACACAAUGGUGCUCACCAUGGUUUUCUUUUUAAUCAUUGAUUUUUUUUGUGUGUUUUUUUUUUUUUUUUUAUCAAUUAUUAAAAAAAUUGUAAUUAUUCUUCAGUUUGGAGGAUCUGAUCAAAUUAUGUGCAUAUAUAUUUGAUGAACCAGGUGUUACACCAUGGGCAUUCAUUUAGCCUGUGCCUGGUCGAUUCAACUUUCAGUUUGGGAUACCCAAACUAGGACGUAUGGUUAUGACAGGGUUAAUAUAACCAAGGGAAUAUGGUUUUGGUUGAAAUGACCAGUGCCCGCUCAUUAUUGUCUUUUUACCAUUUUGCGCACAUCAGUUGAUUGUGCUUUAUUAACAGUCUUUUGCAGGUCACGUCUGUCAAAAUUAUUGUGACUGACUAGGCGCUAUUAUCAUGUUCAAAAAUAUAAAUGGUGCCUUUUAAGAGAGCCUCUUCAUUUACAUGUAUUGAUUUCUCUUACCUUUAUAAAGAAAUCUUCAAUCAAGUUUAACAAUGGCAGAAUAAGAUGACCAAGUCAAAGUGAAAAUGACAAAAAUGCUCUAUGAUAUGGUUUUCAAGAGCAUUUAGUUAAAUUUUGAAUGAAUUUAUAGGUGUUUGAAGUUAGGGUUCAUGGAAUAAAAGCAGACUGUUUGAUCUACCUGCUAGGGCCCUUCUAAGUUAAACUCGAUUUUGGUAGUUUCUAGGAAGUCUUAAUCGUGAGUUUUUACUGUAUUUUUCAUGUAAAAAGCUACAUGAAGAACUAUAUAGCUAAUGGGUCAUAGAGUAUUGUUUACAGUAUUUAACUAUAUUAUUAUUAAUAUCAGCAUUUAACUAUGUUAGUAUUAAUAUCAAUGUAUCAAGAAUAAUAAAGUGGUGGGAACUUUGAUCUUGUGUUACAGUUUACCAUUUUGUAAAAAUUUCUUUUGCCUAUUGAAACUUUUAUAUUUGGUUGGUUUUUAUAAUAAAGUCAGCCUCAAAGUC